AUGCCCCAUUGGAUUGAUGCAUGUGUAGCCCAUCUCUCGCCCGGGGCCAUUUCACAAAGUGCCUUGUGCAGCCAAUAUGAGGAGAGGGUUCGCCCAUGUAUUGACCUCAUUGAUUCUCUGAGGGCCCUUGGAGUAGAACGAGACCUUGGAUUGCCGGCAAUUGCCGUGAUUGGAGACCAGAGUUCUGGGAAAAGCUCAGUUCUGGAAGCAUUGUCUGGAGUUGCUCUUCCUAGAGGCAGUGGUAUUGUUACCAGAUGUCCAUUAGAGCUCAAGCUGAAGAAACUACAGUCCACAACGAAAUGGACAGGGAAAAUUGUGUACAAGGACACACAGCAAGAACUGACUAACCCAUCACAGGUGGAAGAUGCAAUAAUAAGAGCCCAGAAUGCAAUGGCUGGUGAUGGAGUGGGAAUUAGCCAUGACCUAAUUAGCUUAGAAAUCGUCUCCGCAGAUGUUCCAGAUCUGACUCUGAUCGAUCUGCCAGGGAUUGCAAGAGUGGCUAUGGGCAAUCAACCUCAAGACAUUGGAAAGCAGAUCAUAAACUUAAUUAAAAAGUAUAUUAACAAACAACAAACCAUCAAUUUGGUUGUGGUGCCAAGUAAUGUAGAUCUUGCAACUACAGAGGCAUUGAAAAUGGCUCAAGAAGUAGACACCACAGGAGAAAGAACUCUUGGAAUUCUGACCAAGCCUGACCUGGUUGACAAAGGAACAGAGGAAGAGGUAGUUGACGUAGUCCGAAAUCAUAGAAUUCCCUUGAAUAAAGGAUAUAUGAUAGUUAAAUGCCGAGGGCAGAGUGACAUCAACAAAAAAGUUACCUUGGCAGCUGCACUCCAGAAUGAAAGAAAAUUUUUUGAAGAGCAUGACUGUUUCAGACCUCUUCUGGAAGAAGGCAGAGCUACCAUUCCACUUCUGGCAGAAAGACUCACACAGGAGCUAAUAGAACACAUUCAUAAAUCACUACCCAAGUUACAAAAUCAAAUAAAGAGCAAACUUGAGACAGCCAAUGACCAACUACAGGAAUGUGGCUCAGGUGUGCCUGAGACCCCAGAAGAGCAGAUGCUUUUCCUUAUAAAAAAAAUCAAACAAUUUAACCACAACAUUUCAGAAGCAACACAAGGAGAAGAAGUUGUGAGAAAUAAUAAACAAACAAGAUUGUUCACAAAACUACGGCAACUGUUUAAUGUGUGGCAACAGGAGAUUAAUAACAAUGCAAUAAGUGUCAGAGAUAUUAUUAAAGAAGAAGUGUGGGGCUAUGAAAAUAAAUAUCGUGGAAAAGAACUCCCUGGGUUUAUCAAUUACAAAACUUUUGAGACCAUCGUAAGAAAGCAAAUUAUGCUGCUAAAAUCACCAGCUGCUGAGAUGUUGAAGAAAGCCACAGAUCUUGUGCAAGAAACGUUUAUUCAGAUUGCCAAACAAGACUUCAGUGAUUUUUACUGUCUUUUAAGAAAUGCUCAGUAUAAUAUAGAAGUUCUAAAAAUGAAGCAAGGAGAGGAAGCAGAAUCUAUGAUCAACACUCAAUUUAAACUGGAGCGUGUUGUGUACUGCCAGGAUGUCAUUUACAGUGAAGAUUUAAAAAAUACUAGAACGAAAAAUGUCUCAUUUCAAGCUGCGACUGCUGCCCGGCAGUGUUCCAUGGAAGAAAUUACUUACCACUUGAAUGCCUACUUCAAAAGUUCUGGAAACCGUCUUGGCACCCAAAUUCCUCUGAUCAUUCAGGCAUACAUUCUCCAAGAUUAUGCUGAAAAGUUACAGAAUGCAAUGCUGCAGCUCUUGCAAAUGAAAGAUCAGUUCAGCAUUUUCCUUAAGGAGCGAAAUGAUGCUGGCAAUAGGAGGAAGACCCUAAAGGAAAGGAUCAGCCGUCUCACCAAAGCUCGAGAGCGCUUAGCAAAAUUCCCAAUUUAA